AAACUAAAGCCUUUACAAAAAGAACCAGUAGAUACAUAUUAAUUAAGUUAUUGCUUUUCUAUGUUAUAUUGAUUUUGUUGAAAAAAGUUGCACAGAAUUAGAAGAAUGUUUAUGAAGUAAAAGAAAUAAUUUGCGUUUUAAGUUGGAUUUAAUUUUAGUUGUAGUCAAUUUAAUAGUACUAUAAAAACGUCGUUUGAUAAAUAGCAAAUAAAAAAGCAAGACUUUUAAAAAAUUCAAAAUAUUUUUUUGGCACUAAUAUCGACAAAUAUUGUUAUUUCAUAUACAUAUGUGUAAACAAAACGAAGGAUUUAAGAUAUCUGGUAGAUAAUUUAUUACAUGCAAAAUGAACGUUGUUGGAGAUUAUGAGUACAGCACCAAAGACAUGUUGGGACAUGGUGCUUUUGCAGUUGUAUAUAAAGGAAGGCAUCGUAAGAAAUCUAAUUUUCCGGUUGCAAUAAAGUGUAUAACGAAGAAAGGGCUAAUUAAGUCGCAAAAUUUACUUGGCAAGGAAAUAAAAAUUUUGAAAGAAUUGACAGAACUGCACCAUGAAAAUGUUGUUGCAUUGUUGGAUUGCAAAGAAUCUCAAGACUGUGUUAAUCUAGUAAUGGAGUAUUGUAAUGGUGGAGAUCUGGCUGAUUACCUCGGGUUACAAGGAACGCUUAGUGAAGAUACUGUUCGUUUAUUCCUGAUACAAUUAGCUGGUGCUAUGAAGGCGUUGUACACAAAAGGAAUUGUUCACAGGGACUUAAAGCCACAAAACAUUUUGUUGUCCUACAGCCAUGGGAAAAUACUACCGCCUCCUUCAAAAAUAACUUUAAAAAUUGCGGAUUUUGGAUUUGCCAGAUUUCUUCAUGAUGGUGUUAUGGCAGCAACGUUGUGUGGCUCGCCAAUGUAUAUGGCUCCUGAAGUUAUUAUGUCUUUGCAAUACGAUGCAAAAGCCGAUUUAUGGUCACUUGGCACUAUUGUUUACCAAUGUUUGACUGGUAAAGCACCUUUUCACGCUCAGACACCUAAUGAACUAAAGUUUUAUUAUGAACAAAAUUCUAAUUUAGCACCAAAGUUGCCGCUUGGAAUUUCCCCAGAAUUAAGUGAUUUGCUUCUUGGUUUAUUACGAAGGAACGCUAAGGAUAGAAUCUCUUUUGAAUGCUUUUUUAAUCAUAAGUUUUUGCAAAGACCAAAAACACCUCAGUCACCUGCUGAUAUGGUGCCUUCAAUGCAGCACAUAUCCCCACCAAAUGCAACAAGUCCUAUACCACGGAUGCCAGAGAACUUAGAUCCAAUCGAUAACCUUAAUACAAACACAUUAACGAACACUGGAAUUUUAUGCGAAAGUGAAAGAAAUAGCGACCUUAGUAGUCCUGAAGAUUCUGAUGAUUUUGUUUUAGUUCCAAAUAAUAUACCAGAAGAUAAACCCAAUGUUGAGUAUGAAAGAAACUAUGGACGCAAAACGCAUGACUCACAAUCAAGUCCACCAAGACCCAGUUCUUUGCCAAUUUCAGAACCAAAACCUGUUCCAACGCAACAUAGAAGAUUGUCAAAUGCAAUAACCACAUAUACAGAUAACAGCAAAAACUCCAUGGAUGUUUCAAAUUCAUCACCAAAAUCAUCAGCAAAUGUACCUAGGUCGCAACCAAUAAGUGUUAACAAGCGCUCAGAACAUCAUAACAGUAACGGAAGCGAUAUCAAUUCAAUAUCACCACCUUCUGUUCAAUUCGCUAUCGGCACACCUCCAAUUGGGGGCACGGGUGUCAUUAGUAAUAGACGACGUUCAAUUUCAGGUGGAUCACUUUCCGAAACUCCUCCAACAGCCCCUUCCAUAUGGCAAACUAGUCCAAACGCUCAGCAAUCUCCUCUGCGACGUUCUAAUAAUAGUUCGCCAGUUCUACCAACGACACUCACAAAGCUUCCGACUCUAGGAAGCCCUACUCUCUUAUUAGGUGAAAACAAUAACUCAAAUCUUCAGCAUCCUCAUUUAUUAGGACCCAGAGCUAUAACUUUACCUGAACUCGGAGCUAUCGGUGGACUACAUAACUUGCUAGAAACGAGUGAUGGAGGAAGUGCCACGAAAGCAAUACCAUUUCAUGCUCCGGAAUUGUGCGAAGAAACUUUAAUGGGUCGAGAGCAUAAUGAGACCCUUUCAAAAUUAAAUUUUGUAUUAGCAUUAUCUGAUUGUAUACAAGAGGUUGCCGAUUCAAGAUGUGCUCCAUUAUCAGCAUUAAUGUCUGCAGAGGUUAAUAAUGCAACCGAUUCUCAACAAAUUCCACCACAUACUCCAGAGCACUGCAAAAGGGCUGAACGUUUAGUUUUGUUAGUCAGAGCAUUACAGUUAUUAUCAUCAGGACUAAAUUUGGCGUCACAACAACUUAGAAAUGGAAAUUUAAAACCCUCAGCAAAUGUCAAAAAUGCAUUGUUAACUAUGAAUUCAAAAUAUAGAACUAUACUCUACGAAUCUAAAAGGUUAAAUGGUACUGGUUUGCUUCAAAAAGCAAAUGCACUAAAUGCUGAUAAAAUUUUGUAUAAUUAUGCUAUUGAUAUGUGUCAAUCCGCUGCUGUAGAUGAACUUUUCGGAAAUACCAAAAGCUGCUUUGAGCGUUAUAAUACAGCUCAUAUAUUAUUUCAUUCCCUUGCGCAGAAAUGCUGUCACUCACAAGAUAAAUCCUUAUUAUCUAAAUAUAGAGAUGCCGUGGAGAAAAGAUUAAGCAUACUACAGCAACAGGGUUAUAUAUAUGUAACAGAAGAUUCUACAUAAAUUUUUAAACUUUUUGGAGAGUUAUCUACUGCUAUCGAGUGUUAUUUACUUUAUAUAAAUUAUCUUUUUUUAUUUACUCCUGUUUUUUUUAAUUCGAGCGAAAAACAUCUCUAAUGUUUAAUAUGAAUUGUUUAAAAAUAUGUGUAUGUAAAAUAUUGAAGUGUUUGAAGGAAUAGAUUGCGUAAUUGAAUUUAAAAUCAUUGUCAGUCAAUUUGAAAAAAAUUAAAAUUGAAUGAAUAAUAUGACAUAACUAUUCAAAUAAUUAAUACAUACAUUCUGCUAAUUAAAAUAUAUCUUUAUGGCAUAAUGUAUCUAAUACGUUUAUACCUUUAUCUCUUAUAUACGUUUAUACUUUUACUCUAAUAAGUUUUUACUUUUGUAUAAAAUUCGAAACAAAAGGUAAUUUUAUUUUUAUCCGACUUCAUUCUCUAUUAUUUUGUUUUUCUAGUAUACUAUUUUUUGUCAUAAAAUAGUUCAUUUUAUCAAAAAUAUAUACAUACAUAUGCGUGUUAUGACUUAGUGGAAUACAUAUUUGUUUUAAUUAGUUAAUUUGAUAAAUUUUUAAGAAGAUACUAAAAAAUAUAUAAAAAUAUAACAAAGCAAAACAACACAAAUGUUAUUGUAAUAUGUAUGCUUUAAAAUAACAAUAAGAAUAAUUAUACCAUUUAUAAUAAGGAUUGACUUAAUAUAUCCU